UGUUCUUUUUAUAGCCCUGCCACCUUAUUAGCCUUUAAUCGCCUCGACGACAAUUGUAAAUUCUGACGUUGAAGUCCUUGGAAAGCGGGUUGGGUUGUAGAUGCCUUUUCAUCGACAGAAAUGCCAGAAAUGCUGGAUCGUCGCGAUUUGCUAAUUUUGCAAUCGUAUUAAAAAUAAAAUCGUGUAUUUUAGGUGAAACGAGACGAGUGGAACGAUCAAUGCGCAUGCGGCAUAGAACCUUUUGUGUACGGAACUCAUUGUCUAUAGAAACCAUUGUUCUUGGCGAUUGUUCUUUUUCCCAUGAGGCUUCACUCGAUGUAUACAUCAAAACAUAGCAGGUAAUGUGGGCGCGCCGAGCAUUCUUCUCGCCAUAUUUCAGAUUCUUUUCUUCAAUCCUGAAUCUGUCCGUCUGGCAAAGGAAUUUGAUUCAAGCUGCAUCGUAAAUAACCAUCUGCUCACGAGAAUUGACCAAGAAUCGCCCAGCACAUAUCGGAGGCAAGUCCUAGUAAAAUGGCUGACAAUGGAGAAACAUCGCCCCAAGGAAGUGAGCUGUCUCCAUCGGAUCCUUCACAAAUGGCCAACGACGCUGAAGGUGUUUGGUCUCCAGAUAUAGAACAAAGUUUCCAAGAAGCUCUUGCAAUAUACCCGCCAUGUGGGAGAAGAAAAAUCAUUUUAUCUGAUGAAGGAAAGAUGUACGGCCGAAAUGAACUUAUAGCAAGAUACAUAAAACUACGAACAGGAAAGACAAGAUCAAGAAAGCAGGUUUCCAGCCAUAUCCAAGUGCUUGCAAGGAGAAAGGCAAGAGAAAUUCAGUCUAAAUUAAAGGACCAAGGAUCCAAAGACAAGGCACUUCAGGCCAUGGCUACUAUGUCAUCUGCCCAAAUUGUCUCAGCUACUGCUUUGCAUAACAAAAUGGGUGUCAACCCUGGCAUGGAUGUUCCUACCAUAAAAUCCGAGAUGCCACAGGGUCUGCCACCACCUUCCGCUUCCAUCAUGGCAGCCAGAGCUACUAACCCUUUUUUGUUCUGGCCGCCUGGCUCUAUUCCGCAAACCGUAGGAUCACCAACCCUUGGAUAUCCAUAUGCAGGACCUGCCCCUUUUUACCCUGGUCCAUUGGUGCCGGUAUCUGCAAUGUCCCAAGGUUCACCGGAGCCACAGUCUACAUCUUCUAUUACCAUGUCAAGCCAUUCAAGUGUACUGCCGUCCCACGAACAAAUGAGAUCGCUUGGAACAAGCAGUGGCCUAAGUGGCUCAGCCAUAAUGGUACCAGGGUCUCCUUGGCACUCAAGAGCUCCGCAACCACUUCCUCUUAGACUGGUCGACUUCUCUGCAUUUGUUGAAACACAACGAGCAGACCAACCCGACAAUUACCACAAGCAUCUGUUUGUUCACAUGAAUCAACCAAACUUCUCGGAUGCUCGUAUGGAGCCGAUUGAUAUUCGACAAAUAUACGACAAAUUUCCCGAGAAGAAAGGCGGCCUAAAAGAGCUUUACGAAAAAGGCCCAAGCAAUGUGUUUUUCUUAGUAAAGUUUUGGGCGGAUCUAAAUACCAACAUCUCGGACGACACAGGCGCCUUCUACGGUGUCUCUAGCACUUAUGAAUCGAAUGAGAACAUGACGAUUUCCUGCUCGACAAAAGUAUGCUCAUUUGGGAAGCAGGUGGUUGAGAAGGUCGAGACAGAACUCGCACGCUUUGAGAACGGACGCUACGUUUAUAGAAUCCAUCGAUCAGCCAUGUGUGAAUACAUGAUCAAUUUUAUACACAAGCUCAAACACUUACCUGAAAAAUACAUGAUGAACAGCGUGCUGGAAAACUUCACUAUCCUCCAGGUGGUUUCCAAAAGGGAUACCCAGGAAACGUUGCUAUGUCUCUCUUACGUUUUCGAAGUUUCAACUAGUGAGCUUGGCGCCCAACAUCUUAUUUACAAAUUGGUAAAAGACUGAACAGAACAAAGCUCUAUAAUGAUGAAAAGGUGGCUCAGCUGCUUACAUUUAUAUAAAUUUGUGUUUGGUUGUUACGCGACAAUGCGAUACAGUUGCGAUACGUAGCUCGAAAAAGUAGCGUUUGUGUUGCGUAGAAGUAUCGAAACGUUUGUUAGGCUAGGCCAAUAGAAGCGUAAAUUAGAAUAUGCUGUUUGUCUGCGGUUCAAGUAUUCAUAACCCUCGUAGCAACAAAACUUGUCUCAAAGGUAAGGCCACAAGCCAAGGAUAUUGCUCCGUGGCUGUUUAUUCAUGACAAAGAACGAUAUUGCCCUUAGAAGAAGCUAUGGCCCCUUUGGUUGCAUUGUUUCAUGUGCUGCAGAGCCACAGGCGUUGUUGCUCUUGCGUUUUAGUUAACUCGUUUUGAGGCUUCCAGAAACAAUUUGCCACUCCGGUAGCGCGACUCUUUGGAGCCUCUAUUCCAUAAAUCGGUCUGUUCCGAGACCGUUGAUUAAGCAUUUCAGAAUGUUGUUGGAUUAUUUUGUAGUUGAUACAAUGCAAGGAUGCCUUUUGGUAAAGGAUUUAUUUUUGUAUAUUAAAUUGAAUAUAUUCCAUGCAUUUAUCAUAUUGUUGUUAUAUGUGUAGUUUUGCGUCAGCGCUUUGUGCCUAGAGAAUUUAGUAUAUUAAAUGAAUAUAUAUAUUAUAUUAAGAUGUAGAAUUGAGGGUUUGUGAAUUUAUAACCGUUUUUAACAUGGGUAAGAGCAUUGUUUUUCAUAAAGUCCUUUCGCAAUUAGGAUUUUGUAUGUGUUGAUUUUAGGCUCAAACGUAUUUGCUUCAGAGGAAUCUAACCUUCGAAAUUUGAUUGUGAGGAGUUGAAGCUUUUUUAUAUCCUUGCACACUCGCCCACCUAAACACACACGCUAAUAAACGUAUUUUGCAAUUCUAUAGAAUUCAGCUAUGAUCCUAAUGGCAUAGGGCAGUUCUAUACUCGUGACAACUCAUUGACCCCUCAUUGAGCGACUGUGACAGAGUUUCUACCCCCUUCACUGAUAGUAGUCUCAUUAAUAUCAAAGCCCUCAAACAUUCAGAUUGCUUACCCUCGGUCUCGUGACGUCAAAUAUGUUUGAGCCUAGCUGCUUUUACUGUGCCCUUGAUCGAGAGAGACGUUUCAGGCUUCCAUUGUAUUGGUCGUUGGGUUUCUUCGAAGUGAAAAUAUUUUCAGCAGAUGUAUAUUUGUGAUUAAAACAUGCUGUUUGUAACUGUAGGAUUAAAAGCUACACAAGAUAGUUGUUGGA